CACAUGCUUACUAUGGUGUACCGUUGCCAUGGACUUAAUUUUUAAGUGUCGCAAUGUGCUGCAUAUCCCACGAGGUGGAACUGCCAUGCUGGGCAGAAGGAAUCCCUUUGUAAGCUGGGACAACGUCCUAAUAAGUAGGAAGCACAUCCAACUUCGUAUUGACCUGGAAGGAGCAACAAUUGAUCUGUCAGUCACAGGACGCAACGCAAUUGUAGUCGAGCGCCAGGAGGAAGCCGGCGCGUCCUGGGACGUGCUGACAGUGGUGGAUCCAGGCGCCUCCGCCGCACUACCGCUCUCACAGCUCACCGCCGGGGGCUGCUGCAGCCGCUUCUUCGUCUUGGGAGCGCGCGAGGAGUCCGCAGUAGCCAUCCGGGCUGCUACAGCUGCUGCUGCGGCGGCUGCAGAAGCAGAGGCAGCAGCCUCAGCGAUGACUGAUGCUACAGCUGAUGCGAAUGACAAUGGUGCCGUACAGCCGACGCAAUCGCCUCUGGUGUCGCAACUCCUGCCCACUCGGACUGGGGCUGCCGGGGCAGCGGUGGCGGCGGCAGUAGCUGCAAAGGCGGCGGCGGCAGCAGGAAGGGCGGAGGAGGGAAAGCAGGAGGACGAGGACGUUGAGGCGGGCGCCCAGGUGCCUCCUGCUAAGCGGCUCCGCACUGCGGGGAUCCCGGCUGCUGCUGCUCCGGCUGCGGAUGCAGCCCGCUCGCCCGCUGCCCCGGCAGCAGCAGCAACCCCAGCUGCUGCUGCUGCUGCCGGCAUGUCAGGACCGGCUGCUGCCUCAGCUGCUGCCGCCGGCAGUACUGCCGUCCCGUACGACAUGAGCAGUCCCAUCCACCUGCUGCGGACCAGGGGGCUGUCCGCCCGCCACUCCUGCGGCUGCCUGGGCGCCCGUCUGCGUCAGCUGGUGUGCGGCCCACUGCGGCUGGCGCUGGUGUCCAACUACAUGGUGGACAUGGGCUGGCUGCUGAGCUGCUGCCCCGACCUGGCGCGGGCGGACAAGUUCUUCCUGGUGCACGGGGAGCCCCCCAGUGAGGAGGCCGACAUGCGGGCAGCCGCGGCAGCAGCCGGCGCCCCCCACCUGCAGCUGCACCGGCCGCCGCUGCCCAUCGCGUACGGCACCCACCAUACCAAGGCAUUCCUGCUGCAGUACGACAGCGGACUGCGGCUGAUCGUACUCACUGCGAACGCCAUUUACGCGGACUGCAACGACAAGACGCAGGGACUGUGGGUGCAGGACUUCCCGCCCAAACAACAUCAACAACAACAACAACAACCGCAUGCCGGUUCACAACAGCAACAGCACCAACAGCAACAGUACCCGCAGCAGCAGCAGCAGCAGCAGAGUUCAGCGUUUGAGCGGGACCUCGCCGUCUACUUCCGCUCCCUGUCGCUGCCUGCCUCCAUGUCGGGUCCGCUGCAGGCCGCCAUCGCCGCACACGACUUCACGCACGCACGCGGGGCCCUGGUGCCCAGCGUGCCGGGCUACCACCGGGGAGCUGCCGUACAGCAGUACGGACACAUGCGGCUGCGGCUGCUGCUGGCGGGGGUGGAGCUGCCGCCGGGGUUCAACGGGGC